GUCGACCUGAACUUCAGCCCUGCUUUGAAUAGCAUCAGCACGAGUUCUCUCCUCAACGCCAACAUUUCCUCUCAAGACUUUCAAGUCUUCACCACGGAUUCCCAGUCAACAUGGCUUCCCAACUCAGCUUCCGCCCUGCCGGCACCAUCCGAGCAUCUGUCCCUGAACCCCGUCGAGAAUCCCCAGCAGGACUUUGUUCUGUUCGACAACCCGCCGCCUCGUCAACAUCAUAAUAGUCGCAUUGCAGUACCUAGCCAACGUCGUCACUCUUGUCACUCCCGUCGCGAGAAGCACGCUUCACCCGCAGUCCAGAACCAACGAGUGGCCCAGAUUCUCCAGGCUAUCGGGCACCCAGCAUUGUCUUCUGCAUACGGCAAUCGUUUAUCGAAUCAGUUCUACGCAUCCUCGGCUCCACCCUCAACUGUCUCCUUGAAUCGGUCUUCUCGCAGUGCACGGCCACCAGUACCCUUGUUUCCAUCCGACACUGGUAACCUGACACAAGCCGCCAAGAUGAUGAACGCUGCAGGUUCGUGCCACUCUUCGAACUCGUCUCCUCCUGAUCACCCUUGCUCAUACCCCUCAACAGAUGUCGAUUUGGACGACUUCACCGUCUUUGAAGGAGGUGCCUCCACGGCCUUCUCUUCUCCGGCUGUCGCUUCCAGCUUCGACUUCAGCAGCGGCGCCUCGAGCGCAGCUUCAAACCUUGGCACUGUGUCUCCCCAGGACCUUCUGGUCCAGGAGCCCUUCAUGUCGGCGCCCAACUCUGCGGCCCUGACUGCCUUGACGUCUCCUUCGCUGUACAAUGGCAGUCCCGACUUCGAUUCCUUUGACGUCUCUCCCAACUUUGGCACUGCUGAAUUUGACAACGGUCCUAGCGACCCCUGGUAUCCUUUGUUCCCUUCUGCGGACACGGUCCCUCACGAGCUUGUCAACCCAAGCGAGUCUCCCGUCCAGAAGCCUUUGGAAUCAGAGCCCAUGUACCGAUCGUCUUCUUCAGGCAGUGGCAGUGGCAGCGGCAAGAAGAAGCCUGCGAGUGGUUCGCCCACGAGCGGCACUCGCCACUCUUCCGUCUCCGGUGUCAACUCUCGCCGCCGAGACAAGCCCCUGCCCCCCAUCAUUGUUGAAGACGCCAACGACACAGUGGCCAUGAAGCGAGCCCGCAAUACCUUGGCUGCUCGAAAGUCGCGUGAGCGAAAGGCUCAGCGAUUCGAAGAGCUGGAGGACCGUAUUGCGAAGCUCGAGGCCGAGCGUGAUCACUGGAAGAGGAUUGCACUGUCGCAAUCUGGUGUUUUGACGGAGUAA